CCUCCCCUAGCAGAGGAAGUGGGGAGCUGAACCAGGUGCAGCAAGAAGACACCAGGACUAUGGACAAAGAAUAUGUGGGCUUCGCAGCCCUGCCCAGCCAGCUGCACAGAAAAUCCGUGAAGAAAGGAUUUGAUUUCACUCUCAUGGUGGCAGGGGAGUCAGGCCUGGGGAAGUCAACACUUAUCAACAGCCUCUUCCUUACCGACCUUUACAAGGACCGACUGAUACCUGAUGCCAGUGCUCGCCUGAGCCAGACACUGACCAUUGAGCGCAGGGGUGUGGAGAUCGAAGAGGAAGGAAUCAAAGUGAAGCUCACGUUGGUGGACACCCCAGGUUUUGGUGAUGCAGUGGACAAUGGAGACUGCUGGAUGCCCGUGGUUCGAUUCAUCGAGGAACAGUUCGAACAGUACCUGAGGGAUGAGAGCGGCCUCAACAGGAAAAAUAUACAGGAUUCCAGGGUGCACUGCUGUCUCUACUUCAUCUCUCCCUUUGGUAGAGGGCUCCGCCCCUUAGAUGUGGCAUUCCUCCGGGCUGUACAUGAGAAGGUCAACAUCGUCCCUGUCAUUGGGAAAGCUGAUGCCCUGACUCCUAAGGAAACCCAGAUUCUCAAGCAGAAGAUUCGGGAGCAGCUGGAGGAACAGGAGAUCAACAUUUACCAGUUUCCAGACUGUGAUUCCGAUGAGGAUGAAGACUUCAAGAAACAGGAUGCUGAGAUGAAAGAGAGCAUCCCCUUUGCUGUGAUUGGCUCCAGUACCGUGGUGAGGGACGGUGCCACCCGGCCAGUGAGGGGUCGCCUCUACCCCUGGGGAGCAGCAGAAGUGGAAAAUCCUUAUCACUGUGACUUCCUCAACCUGAGACGGAUGCUGGUACAGACCCACUUACAGGACUUGAAGGAGGUGACCCAUGACCUGCUCUAUGAAGGCUACCGAGCCCGCUGUCUUCAGAGUCUGGCCCGUCCUGGGGCCCGGGAACGCGCCAGUCGCAGCAAGUUGUCCCGACAGAGUGCCACUGAAAUACCCCUCCCCAUGCUGCCCCUGGCAGACACAGAGAAACUUAUCAGAGAAAAGGAUGAGGAGCUGCGCCGGAUGCAGGAGAUGCUGGAGAAGAUGCAAGCCCAGAUGCAGCAGAGUCAGGGAGAGCAGUCCGAUGUCCUCUGAGCCCACGGUCUUCCUCUUUCCCACUCCUUUUUUACAUCUUGGGGACUUACUUCCAGUUCGGCCCCUCCUCCCCUGGUCUCUCAGGACCCAGACAAA